UGUUUACUUUGUAUUCAAUUUUGCUCGACACGGUUGCAUUUAAAAAAUCUAAAUUUAAUAUUAAAGUUUCACUAACGAGCACAAUUUAUAACAAAAGGUUGCUGUAAAAUCAUCUGACUAAUGAUCAUAAUAAAUGAAAAGUCGCGUUUAAUAAUCAGCGCAGCAGGGAUAUUUAUUUCGUAUUCAAUAUUUGGAGUCUUGCAAGAGAAGGUAACGAGAGGCCGAUAUGGAGACGAGCUGAAUGAAGAUGGGACAACUGGUGAACGAUUUACAUUCACAUUGGCUCUCGUAGGAGUUCAAUGUUUCUUUAAUUGGUUAUUUGCUCGAGCAAUUCUCAUAGCAAAUCCACAAGUUAAAGAUUCAACACAUGCAGGAUAUUAUGCGAGCUGUUCAUUGACUUAUUUAUUAGCCAUGGUUAGUAGCAAUAUGGCACUAAGAUGGGUUUCUUACCCAACCCAAGUCGUCGCUAAAGCUGCUAAACCAAUUCCGGUGAUGGUUCUUGGAGUUUUGAUAGGAAGAAAAUCUUAUCCUAUUCAAAAAUAUUGUUUCAUCUUCCUCAUUGUCAUGGGAGUCGUCUUGUUUAUGUUUAAAGAAGGUCAAGAAAGUAAUAAGAAAGUUGAAAAUACUGGUCUUGGUGAUAUUUUACUUAUCAUGAGUUUAUCAAUGGAUGGACUCACUGGGGCAAUACAGGAAAGAAUGAGAGCAUCAUCAAAGCCAACAGCUCAACAUAUGAUGCUUGCUAUGAAUUACUGGAGUUCACUUAUGUUGGGAACUGCAUUACUUGUAACAGGCGAAGGCAAAUCUUUUCUUGCUUUUGCAUUUAAAUAUCCAGAAUUGUUUGGACAUCUUGCAUCGCUAGCAUUGGCUGGUGCCAUUGGACAACUCUUCAUAUUCAUGAUGGUCUCUCAUUUUGGACCUCUUCCUUGUUCAGUUGUCACCACAACAAGAAAAUUCUUCACUGUUCUCUUCUCAGUUAUGUUCUUUCGAAAUUCUUUGUCAAAUCGUCAAUGGUUCGGUGCUUUCCUUGUUUUUUCAGGACUUUUUGCUGAUAUGUUCAUUGGAAAGAAACAAACAGUGAAUGGAAAGAAAGAUGAAGAAUCAAAAAAAUUAUUUGACAAUGACAAAUAAUGACACAAAUUAUGCUUAAGAUUUAAAGUGCAAAUGACAUCAAAUUUCUCACAAUUUUUACAGAACACGAAAUGUUUCGUGACAUUAACAUGAAAAAUCAUUUCUAAUCAUUAAAAGUGAACUUCAACGUACAAUAAAAUUGUAAAUAAAUUAAUGUUAAGCAUUUUAUUUUUUGCUAUAUAAACAUAAAACAUGAUCCAAACAUGAAACA